AUGUGUCGCCAUACCCACGCUGCUUCUGCCACUACCUUGACCGCAGGCAAGGAGGUGUUGCCCACCAAUGUCAAGCCGUUGCACUACAAGCUCCGCUUCGAGCCCAUCUUCUCCGACUUCACUUUCAAAGGUGAGGAAACUAUCGACUUCGACGUCAAAGAGGACACCGACUACAUCACUUUGAACUCUUUGGAAAUCAAAAUCGAUGAGGCUAAAAUCAAUGGCUCGCCGGUGAAGCUGGUCGACUUCGACGAGGACAAGCAACGGGUCACCUUCAAGCUCCCCGAAUCGCUCAAGGAAGGCCUGAAGGCCCAAUUGGACUUGAAGUUCAUCGGUGAACUCAACGACAAGAUGGCCGGUUUCUACCGGUCGCUGUACGUUGAAGAUGGCGAGACUAAGUACCUCGCCACCACCCAGAUGGAACCGACUGACUGUCGCCGGGCUUUCCCCUGUUACGAUGAACCGGCUGCCAAGGCUAAGUUCUCGAUCUCGCUUGUUGCCGACGAAAAGUUGGUGUGCUUGUCUAACAUGGACGAAAAGAGCACCACUAAGGCUGAAGGUGGCAAAAAGGUGGUGGAAUUCAACACCACGCCAUUGAUGCUGACUUACCUUGUUGCGUUCAUUGUUGGUGACCUCAAGUACGUGGAAAACAACGACUACCGUGUGCCUAUUAAGGUGUGGGCCACCCCUGGCUCGGAACAAUUGGGUCAAUACUCGGCCGACAUUGCUGCCAAGACCCUUAAGUUCUACGACGCAAAGUUUGAAAUCGAUUACCCUCUUCCUAAGUUGGAUAUGGUAGCCAUCCAUGACUUCUCUGCUGGUGCUAUGGAGAACUACGGUUUGAUCACCUACAGAACGGUUGAUCUUCUCUUGGACCCUGAAAACACCAACAUCAACACUAAGCAAAGAGUUACGGAAGUGGUGAUGCACGAAUUGGCUCAUCAAUGGUUCGGUAACUUGGUGACGAUGACUUUCUGGGACUACUUGUACUUGAACGAAGGUUUCGCCACCUACAUGCUGUGGUACGCCUGCAAUGAAUUGUUCCCCGACUGGAAGGUAUGGGAACUGUACGUGCUGGACUCGUUGCAACACGCCCUUGCUCUUGAUGCCUUGCGUUCGUCGCACCCCAUUGAAGUGCCUGUGAAGCGCGCUGAUGAGAUCAACCAAAUCUUUGAUGCUAUCUCGUACUCGAAGGGGUCGCUGGUGCUCAAGAUGUUGGCCAAGUGGUUGGGUGAAGACGUCUUCGUCAAGGGGGUGCUGAACUACCUCAAGGCUCACAAGUGGGGUAACGCCACCUCCGAUGACUUGUGGAAGGCUCUUGCCGAUGCCCUGGGCAAGGAUGUGCUCGCGGUAAUGAACGUGUGGACCAAAAAGGUUGGUUUCCCCGUGGUUCAUGUCGAGGAAGACGGCACUGGUAAGGUCACUGUCACCCAAAACCGGUUUUUGGCUACUGGUGACGUCAAGCCCGAAGAAGACCAAACUUUGUACCCCGUGUUCUUGGGGCUUAAGACUCUGAAGGGUGUUGAUGAAUCAUUGGUAUUGAACGAUCGCCAGAAGACCAUUGAAGUCAACGAUGACUUUUUCAAGCUCAACGCUGACCAAUCGGGUGUCUACCGUACCGCUUACUCGACCAGCCGGUGGACUAAGCUUGGUGAAGCUGGUAAUGCUGGUAAGUUGACCGUGGAGGACCGUGUGGGACUUGUCGCUGACGCUGGGUCGCUCGCCCUGUCGGGUGUGAUCGACACUACUGCUUUGCUUGAAUUGGUUCAGCUGUGGGACAAGGAAAGCAACUACGUGGUGUGGGAGGAGAUUUUGACCCGUAUCGGAACCAUCAAGGCUGCUUUCAUAUUCGAAGACAAGGAAGUCAAGGACAACCUCAAAAAGUUUACCGUUCAACUCGUCAAGGACAAGUUGAAUGAAGUGGGCUGGAACUUUUCCAACCUGGACUCCUUCGCUGAACAACAACUCAAGCUGUUGUUGUUUGGCCUGGCGGUGGGUCUGGACUACCAGCCGGCGGUUGACCACGCUCACGAAAUCUUCAAGAAGUUUAUCAAUGGCGAUGCUAAGGCUAUCCACCCCAACUUGAAGGGUUCUGUGUUCCAGACUGUGGCUAAGACUGGCGGUAAGCAGGAGUUCGACCAAUUGUUCAAAAUCUAUACCAACCCGUCGUCGAGUGAAGAAAAGAUUGCUGCUUUGAGGGCGUUCGGUCGUUUCGAGGAUGACGAAGUAUUGGCCAAGGUUUGCUCGUUGUUGCUUGACACCGAAGUCAUUAAGGCCCAAGAUAUCUAUAUUCCCAUGCAAGGUAUGCGUGCUCAUAGCAAGGGUAUUGAAACCUUGUGGCAAUGGAUCACCAGCAACUGGGAUAAGGUUUACAAGUUAUUGCCUCCUGGUUUGUCGAUGUUGGGUUCUGUGGUGACCUUGUCCACCCUGGGUUUCACCAACAACUCGCAAAAGAAGGAAGUUGAAGAGUUUUUCGCCAAGAAGGAUACCAAGGGUUAUGACCAAGGGUUGGCACAAUCAUUGGACAUGAUCACCGCUAAAGCCAGCUGGGUGUCGCGUGACUUGGACUUGGUUUCCGAAUGGCUCAAAGAAAACGUAAACUGA